UUGUACACAAAACUGCGGUGCGACGUCGCAUCGCAAAAACCUGCGACCUCGCACGACCCACCGCAAGAACAUACGAACUGAUUCGCAUCGCGUAUUUCUGCGAUGUUACGUCACACUUGUUGACCAUAUUAUGUUUAGUUCGCUCUGAGACUGCGCGUGGGCAAGACGUGUACUUUAAUGUAAAAAAAUGACAGAGUACGACGUUGAUUUUUUAAUAUCACUGAUUGAGGAGCGCCCUGUUCUUUGGGACACUAGUAAUGAAGAUUAUAAAAACAAAUUCAUCAAACAAGAUGCUUGGAAGGACGUAUGUAAAAGUUUAUUUCCAAAUUUCGAGGAAAAAGAAAACAAUGAAAAAACUAAACUUGGUAAUUCAGUAAUACAAAGAUGGAGGGGGAUUAAGGAUACCUUUAAUAAAUAUGAAAAGAAACUCAAAGAUGCAAGUAGGUCAGGGUCUGGAUCAAAAAAUAUAAAAGAAUACCAUCUGUACAAACAAUUACAAUUUCUUAAGAAAAAUUUACAAAAUGAGACCACUACCAGUAUAAAAGAUUUAGAAAAUGAGCCAGAUAAUCAAGAAGGUUCAUCUAAAACACGUUACCAAAAGCAACCACCAAAAAGAAAGAUGGUUAAUAAUAAUUUUGAAGAUGAUAUUGUAAAGAUUUUAAAGGAAACGGAGAAUAGACACAUAUCUUUUUUUAAAGGUAUUCUACCAUCUCUUGAAAGGUUAGAUGACAAUAAAACACUAAUCUUUCAGAGCAGAGUUCUUCAAAUUUUAACAGAAUUGCAUCAACCUCACGGCUACUACUAUCCGAAUAGCAACUACCAGGGUGGCUAUCAAACUCAACAUUUCGCUACAUCUCAACAAACGCCACUUGUACGUCCACAGUCAUCUGCGAGUUACAUACCAGAUCAAAUUGAUUCACCUAGUAAUGAUUUUUCUACCUCAAGCAUAUUAAGCACACUUUCAACUGAAGAAGACUUUGAUUUUACGUAAAUUUAAUCGAUUGUAAUAUUUGGAAAACUCUUUUCUCAAUAAAAACUUAUGUAAACAAUUAAUGUUUUACUUUACUUACCGGAUAG